AUUCAUGUCCAUUGAGAUGUUUGCCAUCUGCAUGGUCUGUAAAACAUCUAACCGUACUGGAUUUGAGUUUUGAGAUAAGGGGUUCUCCUAGUGAGUCACGGGAAUUUCGGAGUGAGAGAUCACUUUACAAGGAAUUCAAAUAUCUCCGUGUGCUUCGGCUGAGGUCUGCUCAAUAUCUACUUCUAGAGAUGCUCCCAGAUUUCUCAAUCUUCCCAGCACUUAUGGUUCUGGAUCUGGAAAAUUGUCCUGAAUUGAGGAGUAUACCAGAUUCUAUUGGUAUCCUAGAAGGACUAAAGUUCUUAAAUCUUUCCCGGUGCAAAAACUUAGUAGAGCUUCCACGUGGUAUCUGUAAACUCUUAUCACUUGAAAAACUUUCACUAAGCCACUGCUCUUCACUUAAGAAGUUGCCAUUGGCCAUGGAAGAAUUAACGGCUCUAAAAGAACUGGAUAUGGGAUUUUCAAGAAAUAUUGAGAAUCUGCCUGAUUUUGGCAAGUUCGUUAAUUUGGAAAAGCUAAUUCUAGCUGGCUGCUUGUCCAUUACAGUUCUGCCGAGUUCAAUUGGAGAACUCAAUAACCUAAAAGAACUUGAUAUACAGUUUUUGGAGCUUAUUCUUGAGGUACCUUCAUUGGGAAAACUCUCGUGCUUGAAAAAGUUGAUUCUAAGUGGCUGUGAAAGUUUAAGAAACCUACCUACAUCAAUUGGACAACUCAGGAGUUUGCAGUAUCUUGAAAUGAACAAAUGUAGUAGCAUAGAUUGUUUACCAGAGGAAUUUGGAGAACUUGUUCACCUGGAGGAACUGUACACGAAUGACUGCCCCAGAUUACUCAAGCUUCCCAGUACUUUUGAAAAUCUUGUAAACAUCAGAAUUUUGGAAAUGAGGCAUAAUCCUAAUUUAAUGCAACUUCCUUUAAGCUUUUCUAAACUUCCAUCACUGGUGUGGCUUGAUGCAAGUGGCUGCAAUCUUUUAGAUGGUCUCCAUGAAGGGAUCGGAGAUAUAUUGCCACUGGGAAUCCUCAACUUACAGAGUAAUUUUUUCUGCCAAUUACCGCCAAGCAUUUGUAAACUCACUAAUUUAAUCAGGCUGAACUUGAAUAAUUGCCAAUCUCUAGAAGAACUUCCUAUUCUUCCCCAAGGAAUUGUAGAGUUGGACGUUGGCGAUUGUACACAAUUGAAAAGAUUACCCAGUAUGUCAUAUUUGAAAAGGUUAAGAGGUUUGAUUCUAUGCAACUGUGAAAACUUAAUAGAACUGCCAGAGCUUAGCUCAUGUCAGUGCUUGGUAGUGCUUAACAUAUCAAGAUGUGUAAAUAUUAAAAGUCUGUCUGGAGUUGAAGGAUUGAAAUCAUUAGAAACCUUCUACUUUGGAGAAUCUGGUGUUUCUGUAUUAGGGCUUAACCAGUAUAUCAAGGAUAUGCCCCAGCUAGAAAAAGUCUGCAUUCAUGCAAAUGGAGUUCCAUGCUGUUUAGAACUCAAAACAAGGGAUUAUUGUCUCAAUGAUGAAAACUUCACAGAUAUACUAAAUUAUUCUGUAGAGAAUAACAUCAAAUGUGGAGGUAUUUUCCUCUUUCUCGUUGUAAAUUUUAUGCAUGAGUACUGAACCUUCGGAUCUCCUUCUCAAAAUUCCAUGGAGCUGGCCAUCAUAGCAGAUGAUCAAGCUAUCUGGGUUACAAUUUUCAGCAACAGGCAGAAUGUUGAGGGAGAUCAAUUAUAUAUUUGUAUGUAUGGAGAAACACAUUUGCUUGUUAGAAGGAUGGAGGCUGCUCAUAGUAUUAGUGUGAGGGCAAAAGGGAGGAACAUUCAUGUUAAAGAAUGUGCAAUGCAGCUGUUUUAUAAUAGGAUUGGGAAUGCAAAUUUAGAUAUAUUCCUUGAAGACUUGAAUUUAUUGGCGGAGAGUUACACCUCAAAAACAUCCAAAGAGGAAGUUGAUGAUAUUGAAGAUGAUAUUCCACAUAAAACGAGAGCCGAAAUAGAGCUUGAUGGUGAUCUAUAUGAUUAUGGAUACGGUACAAGUGAAGGCGAAUAUCAAACAGAUGAAGAUUCAAUCAGAUGCCAAUAGCAAGGGAACAAAAUUGCAGAGUUGCCUUGAAUCUCACAUAAAAGACUUCUUGAAUAAUGGUAAUUAAUUUAAAAUUUGCUCUUUCCCCUUCAGAUGUAAAUGAAAUUGGAUGUUAAGACUGAGGCAUAAUAUCAAUAUAAGCCAUGAUUAGAAAUCUAAAGUAUUUUCCAACUAUGCUGUAAGAGAAAAUGAAAAAGAUUUGAUAUAAUAAAUAUGCAGAGUUAAGGAUAGAAAGCUUUUUCUA